GCUGCUGCGUCAUUUCACCCGACAGAACUCAACUACUGCAACGACCACUACAACUUCAUCACCCUCAUCUACUUCUUCAAAGUCAGCGACCACGCCGACAGAUCCUUUUACCUACCAUGGACCCCUCACCGCGACCUUCCGCAGGUUGAAAUUAUUCUCCCUUUCCUCCCUGGUCCUCAGCACGACCAUGGCACCAUUUAUCAUCAUCCUCGAGUCCAACCUCCCCAUGAUAGCCCGCGCAGUCCUCACCGCUACCGCACUCUCCACGAGCGCCAUCUCAACAGGCCUCGUCGGCUGGGCAGGCUCGUCCUACGUCGUCGCCAUGCGGCCGCUAGGAAAGCUGAGCGCAAAAGGCGACCCCGAGCAGCUCGAGAUCCACACCCUCACUCUCACCCUCGCGCGCCGAAUUACGCGUGUCUACGACACGAAUUUCCUCGUCGAGACACGUCGGCCGUUCUCUAAGUGGGAGCUAGCACCCCAUGUCGCGUUUUUCCCCUCCACAACAUCCGCUUCGGCGUCACAGCAGCCCUCUUCAGACGCGCCAUCCGCCAGCGAAGCUUCUGGUGUGUCAGGAGCGACUUCAGCACUCGCCGCUGAGGCUGUCGCUACAAGUGAAUCGCCAUCGGAAGGCCGCGCAGGGGCACCUGGUACGCAGGAGACGAUUGCAGAAACGAUGGACGCCAAGGGCGAAGUUUUGGGGCGGUGGAUCGUUACUUGGGGAGAGAAUGGUGCAGGAGAAUGUACACCCACAGGAUCCGUCAUUCGGUACUUCAACGUUCACCCUGAGCUACUGGAGUAGUUUUUGAGAAUGUAUUCAAGCUAAGUAACUUGACUUCGCCUCCAAUGGUGAACUACGGCCGCAUGCGAAUUAUGUCAUCGAAAAUACCCCGC